UCUGAUCAGUGUAGCCAUUAUCCUGCAGAAUAGCGUUGAUGCGCUGAGGUUCCACAUUGAGAUUGCACAGUGAACAAAUGUAUGAGAUUGCUACCAGGACCAAUCCUGCAGCACCUGGAACAGGAGGAAUCCUAAUGCAGAUAUUGAUCAGUGAAGGAGGAUUUGCAACCAAUAAUAGUGGAAAACAAUCAACAGAAUUUGCAAGCAGCAUGUCAAGAAAAAGAAGCUGUGAAUUUGAGCACAGGAUGGAGCGCACAAAGCUGCGUCUUCUCACAAUGCCUCAGAGCGGAAAUAUCAGCUGUGAUUUUCAGAUUUUCUCGUCACUCCUGGAAGAAGAAGAUUUUUAUCAGACCUGUGAGGAAUUUCUGAAGACAGUGGAAAUGUUGCCUGCAUCACCUCAAUCCCCACUUCCCAAGUCGAAUAUCUGCGAUUCCCUCUCCUCUUUAAUUCCUUCCAAGUCAGACCAGUUGGAAUUAAUGUCAGAAUUCCUGUUGGACGAUGAGGAAUUCAUCAGCCAGAGUUUAAUUUGUGACUUAGAAGCGUCACUGAAGAUGGAGCAGGAUUGCAUGUGGAAUAAUUUACUAGGCAGCACAGAGCUGGACAAAGUUGGUGAUAAAUUGGACGCACUCCCUGUAUCAAGCCCCCUGAUGUCUGAGAUCGAGUCACAUUUCUUCCAGGAUAUCUGUAGUUCAGAUUUCGAAACAAUCAGCCCCUUCCUGGAGAGGCCUCAGCAGAACAGGGACAACCCAAACUCAGAUGAUGAAAGUUCUUUGUCUACAGGCAGUGUUUUCUCACACUGCACUGACUCAGAAGAGGAGAUUGAUGUCGUAAGCAUUGAGAAGCAAAGGUUGGCCGAGGGGAGUGUCAUCAAGCAGGAAAUGCCAAGACCCGGAACCCGUUCACAGACAUUGGCUAGUAUCAAACAAUGCAGUCUCGAAAUUCAACAGCAACAUAAUUACGCAGCACCGUCACCUCUGCUCUCCAGGGACCUACCAGCUCCGAAACGAGCUAAAACAGACAACUAUCUCCACGCAGCCAAGUACUCACUGCCCAACAGGUCAUCAGCUUUUAGCCUGAAAUCCCCUGAUGCAGAAGAUGAGGAGAGACGGAGGACGCACAAUGUCUUGGAAAGACAGAGGAGAAAUGAGUUGAAGCAUUGUCUGUUGGCUCUUCGAGAUGAGGUGCCAGAACUUUCCAAGAAUGACAAAGCCUCCAAAGUGGUUAUCCUGAGGAAGGCAACAGAGUAUGUCAUCAAAUUGAAGGCAGAGCAUCAGAAACUGAACACUGAGAGAGAGAAACUUCAGAAGAAGCAACAACAGCUUAGGCGGAAAAUUGAACAAAUGCAGAGGUUUUCAAAAUAGAGUUUGUAAAUCCAGGCGAACUGCCUCAUUCUCCAGGAGAUUGAGGGAGGGCAGCAUCAUUCCUCGAGGUUGCUGAGUGAAUUUUUUUUGUUUAUACGUCACCGUGCAAAUGAAGGGUUUAAGAACAAGUGAUUGCCUCAAAAUGAAGCGAAAAAACUGCGAACAUGCACUUGUGCUACCGGGGUUUUUCUUCUCCUGUGAGAAUUUGUUUUUCUGUGCCUUAUUGUGUUGUAUGUUUUUGGAAGUAAGUCUGGAGUUUUGUUAUUCCAGUUUUGAAUGUGUUACGUGUCUGAAAUUGCUUGGCUAUCUGUUAUUUGAAGAGGCUGCUUUGGGCACUGAUUUUUAGCCCUGGGACCACCCUUUGGCUGUUCAACCACAAGCCCCUCACUCACAUCCCUAGCUGCUCACACUGUCAGGGAGUGUUGUUAAAUGCACAAUCACUUAAGUUCCACACAGGAACCAAGAGGUGAGUAGAAACAGACCCCAAGUGAGCUGUCUGAGAUCCACAGACCCAUCUGUGUUUGGAUGCUCCAGCAUUUGCCCUGUCCAUAACCAUGAGAAUAUAGAAUAGGGACUGGAUUUCACCCCAAGGUGUUGGGCGAUGUGUAAUGCAGGGCGUGUAAUAAUGGAUGAGCUAGCUGGUAUCCAGCUCCCUCUCCUUCUCGGCCCACACUAGCUCAGAGGCUCAACUGUAAAACCUCUCAAGUCAGCAACAACAUUCCCUGAUCUCAGCUGCUACCUAUUACUGUGCACGUGAGAGGUCCCAUAUUUUUGGAAAACAAGUUACGCUGAACUGUUUCAAAGCGACACUGAUUUUUUUUGUUUGGUCUAAACCUCAUUUCACCUCAAUUUUAAGUCUUCCAAUCAAGAACCUGCAAUCCACGCUUCCAGAGGAUGAGUUUUCGAUGGGAUGCAUACUUAAUACAAAGUAUCUAUAUUAUUUUUUUAUGUGUGUACAAGUGUGUGUAUAUAAAUAUAUAUUAUAAAUUGGCUGAUCAUGCCUGACUGUUAAAUAGCUUUUGUGCUAAUUUUUGUAAACAUUGGGAAGCCAUUGUAUUGUGUCAGUGGCAGAUACUGCACCUUACUCUGCUCCUGUUCUAUCUCUCUUUUCCAUCAAAGUGCAGACUCUGAAUAGAACCUGGGACAUGUUGCAACGUUAUUCACAUUCCUUGUGGGCUGUGUGAUUCAUGCUGCGGAAAGCUCUGGUUCUGUGGGAGUGUUUGGGAUCGAGAGUCUUUGUGCUGGAUUACUUGGAAUUGACACUCUCUGAGGGAUGAGGCUUGGAUGAAGUUUCUGUGAUCCUGCCUUUGUUUUCACCGUCCACCGUCAAUUAACACCUGCACAUCUCCAGCCAACAAGAGUUGCCUCUCUUGGGGUUGAGGUGGUAGCUUUCUAUAAGUCACAAUCUCAAGACGUUUUAGCCCUUGCAUAACCUGUCGUCAUGUGCUUGCAGGUGCAGCAAUGACUGUAUCUUCGAAUAACCUCUGUCAUUAGAUUUACUGAUUAAUAAUGCAAUGUUUGCUGCUAGUCCUAUAAUUUAUUUUAAGAUAAUGCACUGCCCUAUUAUGUUAAAUCUUGUGCAUUUUUGAGUUGUACUGUAUUUUUAUGUGGAUUAUUGGUAUCCUUGAUCAGCAGACUGGGUUUUGUGUGCCUUUAAGUUAUUGCUUUGUAUCAUUACGUCAAGGUUUUGUAAUGCAAAUCAAGUUUCUUCGGAUAAUGAAUGUCCACCAUUUGUUUUGACAAAGCACUUUCUGUCAGCC